CCUUUCAUUCAUGUCGUCCUUUUCCCCGGCAAUCGGAGUGUCCGUACAGUAACACCAAACACUCAAAUUAGGGUUUCGGGAGUUCAAUCAAAACCAGCCAUGACGCACUUUGCGUCUCUCAAAUCUGAAAUUUUCGGCAAAGAAGAGAGAAAACAGCAGUACCAAGCUCACAUUAGCGGACUCAACGCCUACGAUCGCCACAAGAAAUUUAUCAAAGAUUACGUUGUUCACUAUGGGAAAGAGAAACCUUCAAACAUUAGGUUGCCUAUCAAAACCGAUCAAGAUACCUUAAGAGAAGGAUAUCGGUUCAUACGCUCAGAGGAAGAUGACAUGGAUACGUCUUGGGAGCAAAGGCUGGUGAAGCGAUACUAUGAUAAGCUUUUUAAAGAAUACUGUCUAGCUGAUAUGUCACAUUACAAAACCGGCAAGAUUGGUCUGAGGUGGAGAACAGAGAAAGAAGUUGUUUCCGGUAAAGGACAGUUCAUAUGCGGAAACAAACAUUGUGAUGAAAAAGAGGGCUUAGCAAGCUAUGAGGUAAAUUUCUCUUACUUUGAAGCUGGAGAAAACAAACAAGCACUUGUGAAAUUGGUAACUUGUGAGAGGUGUGCUGAGAAGCUCCACUACAAAAAGCGGAAAGAAAAGGAGAAAUCCGAGAAAUUGGACCAGGAAGAGCAUACAAAAAAGAGGAAUCGGUCGAGGAGUAGUGAUGACGAUAAUGAUACUGAUAACGAGAAAAGCAAAGAAAAGAGGAAAAAAGGAAAGAAAGCUUCAGCUUCGGUCUCUGAUCAUAAAGUCGACGAUGACGAUCACUUUGAUGAAUAUCUUGAAGGAAUGUUUCCAUAAACAGCUAACAUGAUUAACUGGCAGCAACAACACCCUGAUCAAUCUCCCUCCUAUAAACUUAAGUCGAAAAUUAUGCUCUUCUGGGCGACGGGUGCAAAUGAAUUGUCAAAAGUAGCUUUGCCAUUUUCAAGCAGAAAGGUUUUGAUGUGGAAAAUUCUUUCCUUUAUUGUUGCUUUGUAAGUAAUUAAUUUCUCAUGGUAGUUGGCUUGAAACUUUGGUCUCUAGACUCUAGAGGCUGAUAGUAUAAUCAAUAAUUGGAAAAUAUUUGGUGGUUUUUGGGCAUUAGAAUAAAUGCGAAAGGUCAUCUUGAUGUGUCAUAUGCUACCUAUAUUGUGAAUAUAUAUAUAUGUAUGUAUAUAUAUAUAUAUAUAUAUUAUGGUAUGUACAUUAGCAAAAAUCAUAGACUUAUUCAAACUAAUAGUUGAAGUGAUGUGAUGAUACAUUUUAUGAUUA